CUCCAGAUGACCCUGGAGCUCAGUUCCUGAUUCGGAUUGGAUCCAUUGGCCGAAAUAGAGCUGAAGCCUCUUUAGAGAGAGCUCAGAAUCUCAACCCCAUGGUGGACGUGAAAGUGGACACUGAGGACAUAGAAAAGAAGCCUGAGUCAUUUUUCACUCAAUUUGAUGCUGUGUGCCUGACAUGCUGCUCCAGGGAUGUCAUAGUUAAAGUUGACCAGAUCUGUCACAAAAACAGCAUCAAAUUCUUCACAGGAGAUGUUUUUGGCUACCAUGGCUACACAUUUGCCAAUCUUGGAGAGCAUGAGUUUGUAGAGGAGAAAACCAAAGUUGCCAAAGUUAGCCAAGGGGUGGAAGAUGGACCUGACACCAAGAGAGCAAAACUUGAUUCAUCUGAGACUACAAUGGUCAAAAAGAAGGUGGUUUUCUGCCCUGUAAAAGAGGCGCUGGAGGUGGACUGGAGCAGUGAGAAAGCGAAGGCCGCCCUGAAGCGCACGACCUCUGAUUACUUUCUCCUGCAAGUGCUCCUGAAAUUCCGCACAGAUAAAGGAAGAGAUCCUAGUUCUGAUACCUAUGGGGAAGAUGCGGACUUGUUGCUUCACAUUCGAAAUGAUGUGCUUGACUCACUGGGUGUGAGUCCUGACCUGCUUCCCGACGACUUUGUCAGGUACUGCUUCUCCGAGAUGGCCCCAGUGUGUGCGGUGGUUGGAGGAAUCUUGGCACAGGAAAUUGUGAAGGCCCUGUCACAGAGGGAUCCUCCUCACAACAACUUCUUCUUCUUUGAUGGCAUGAAGGGGAAUGGGAUUGUGGAGUGCCUGGGCCCGAAGUGAGCCACACCAUGGCGGCGUCAGCAGCUCUGAGGGACCUGACACCCCCUGCCCAGGAGUCUCUUGUCACCUUCUUGGACCUGUUCUCCACCUGAUGUCCUAGAGAGGAGUGUGGCUUCAGGUGGGGAGUGAGGCCUGAGUCUUGUUCCCAGGAGACCCCU